AUGUCUUCCUUCGAAAUUCCAACGAGUUUUCAAAAUGUCUGUCCGGGUCACGUUAACGGACCGGCCGGCCUCAUGAUUUCACAAUUAAUACAAACUUUAUUGGCGGCGCACUGCGGUUUCAGCAAUCCGAAAGAUUAUCCUUCGGAUUAUGGAAAUUCCCUGGUAGAAAAUGAAGAAUUUGAUUUUAUCAUCAUAGGAGCAGGUUCUAGCGGUUCCGUUGUUGCAAAUCGUUUGUCGGAAAAUUCAAAUUGGAAGAUUUUAAUUUUAGAAGCGGGCGGAGAUCCGAGUUUCACUUCGGACGUUCCCGGUUUAUUAUUCAGCACUCACGGAACGGAAAUCGAUUGGAAAUUUUUAAGCGAGAAACACGAGGGUUCGUGUUUGGGAAUGAUAGAUGAAAAAUGCGCGUAUCCAAGGGGGAGGGUUUUGGGAGGAAGCAGUUCGAUCAACGCGAUGCUUUACGUGAGAGGAAAUCCGCAAGACUACAACGAUUGGAGAGAUGAGGUCGGAAACGACGAUUGGGACUACGAAAACGUUUUGAAAUAUUUUAAAAAAUCCGAAAAUGCGAACGGGUAUUGUUUAAAAGAUGAAGAGGACGUGGCGGAAGGAGGAGAAGAGGGACGACGAGAGGAUUUGAAAGGGAAAAUAAUGUCGACGAAAUAUCACUCGUCCGGAGGACCGUUGAGCGUGUCGCCAUUUGCAAGCGCUUCCGUCGAAUUCGUUAAAAAUUGCAUAUUUAACGCAUUCGAAGAACUCAACGUUCCCUCGCUCGUGGAUUUCAACGGUAAAAGUCAAAUAGGAUUUUCCAAUUGUCCGGGAACUUUGUACCAGGGAACGAGAGCGAACGCGGCCAAAAUGUUUUUGAAUCCGGUGAAAGACAGACCGAAUUUAUUCGUCGUCAAAAACGCCAUCGCAAAAAAAUUACUAAUUAAAAAUGGGAGGGUCGAAGGAGUCGAAAUAUCGAGACACAAUCAAACGAAAACGUUGAAAGUCAAAAAGGAAGUCGUCGUCUCAGCAGGAGCCAUCAACACUCCCCAAUUAUUGCUCCUCUCGGGUUUAGGACCGAAAGAUCAUCUCGAAUCGUUCAACAUUCCCGUCGUGUCCGAUUUGAAAGGAGUCGGACAAAAUCUGCAAGAUCAUUUCGUGUUCGUCGGAAGUCUUUUCUCGUUGUUCAAACUUCGAAGUCACACACUUCCGCCGUUGACGCCACUCGACGCCAUGUAUUUUUUUCUCACUCAAAGACCUGGAUAUUUAUCGUCGAUCGGAAUGACGGAUCUCACGGGAUUCGUGAACACGGAUGACGACAACGGCACGAUACCCAACAUCCAAUACUUGUUCAUUUAUUUUGCCAAAGGCGAUAAUUAUUUGCUUCCGGAAACGAUGAGAGCGUUACGAUUGAACGACGACAUAAGAGAAGAAUUUACGAAACUCGCGAAGGAAACGGGACUGCUGAUAAUAGCGCCGACGUUGUUGAAACCCAACGGAAGGGGUAAAAUCGAAUUGAAGAGCGACGACGUGAACGAUCCCCCGAAAAUCCACGCCGACAUAUUGAAAUCCGAAGAUGAUAGAAAAGUUUUACUCGAGGGAAUCAAAUUUUUGAUGAGGCUCAACGACACGACCAACUUUAAAAUUUUAGAACCGAAACUUCACAAGUUUAACAUAGCAGAAUGCGAACCGUUCCGCGAGACGUCGUCCGACGACGACUACUGGUCGUGUUUAAUGAAAUAUUUAACGACGAGUUUAUAUCAUCCCGUGGGAACGUGCAAGAUGGGUCCGGAAACGGACGAAUACGCAGUAGUCGACGGAAAGUUGAAAGUUCGCGGAGUGGAAAAUUUAAGAAUCGCCGAUGCGAGCAUAAUGCCGACCAUCGUCAGGGGCAACACGAACGCGGCUUGUUUCAUGAUCGGGGAAAUGUGUUCGGAUUUUAUAAAAAACGAUUGGGAAAAAAAAGAGCGACGACACACGGAAUUAUGA